CUCCGCGACAGACGCUCUGCGUGACGUAGAUUUCAUGAGCCGGAAGUGAGGAAUUGUAGUUGUUAGAGACCCCGAUAGUGACAAGACGAAUCAAACUACACCGUGAAAAACAGACAAGAAGCCGAUUAAAACCCAACAGAAACUGUUUGAGGGUGAAGUUUCCUGCACAAACUGAAAGAAUGCACGGCCGAGUGAAGGUGAAGUCUACAGCCCAGCAGGAGGAGGAGAAGAGAAAGGAGAGGGAGAAGAAGCUGAAGAUUUACGUGGCUGCACGAGAUGCCUGUUUCUCAAAGAGGAAAGCGGGCGUCUUUGACGAGGCGGCUCUCCAGAUCACCCAGCAGCUCCUGUCAUCCAACCCUGACUUUGGAACCCUGUGGAACUACAGACGAGAGAUCCUGAUGCACCUGGAGACUGUUAAGGACGAGGACGAGGUGCAGAAGAUCUACGAGGCCGAGCUGUACUUCCUGGAGUCUUGUCUCAAAGUGAAUCCCAAGUCCUACGGCAGCUGGCACCACCGGGGCUGGGUCUCCACCCGCCUGCCUCGACCCGACUGGGCCAGAGAGCUGGGCCUGUGCGAUCGCUGCCUGAGCCUGGACGACCGCAACUUCCACUGCUGGGAUUACCGCCGGAUGGUGGUGAAGAAGUCCGGCGUGCCGGUGGAUCGAGAGCUGGAGUUCACCGAUCGCCUCAUCGGCUCCAACUUCUCCAACUACUCCAGCUGGCACUACCGCAGCACGCUGCUGCCGCUGCUCCACCCGGAGUCCCCCGAGCCCCUCCCGUCGCCGCGCCGACCGCCCCCCCACACCCCACCGCCGGCUUCCCCGCAGAACCACUCCCAUCGCGUCUGCGAGGAUCAGCUCCUGAAAGAAUAUGAGCUCGUGCAGAACGCUUUCUUCACCGACCCGAACGACCAGAGCGCCUGGUUCUACUACCGCUGGCUGCUGGGCAGAGCGGAACGCGAGGAGACGAUCAGCUGUGUGCUGGUGAGCCGGGAGCAGGAGACCGUGACCGUGGCCUUCUCCAGGCCCGUCAACGCGCAGCCUGGCGGUUUGAUGCUGUUUCUGGACGGUCAGCCUCAGAGGGUUCAGUGGAGGAGCGUCCACCCGCGCUUCAAGCACAGCCCGGUGUGGGUCUGUGACCUUCCUCCUGGGACCAUUAGUGAUGUCACCAACGAACACAACCUGACGGUUCACUGGAUGGAGAGACACGCCCACAGGGACUGCGCCCUGCACACAGGUCGGACUGAGAGCUGGUGUCGGGACUCUGCCACCGAUCAGGAACUUUUCAGGAGCGAGCUGUCGGUGGAGAAGACCUCGGUCUUACAGUCCGAGCUGCAGUCCUGCAAACAGCUGCAGGAGCUGGAGCCUCUCAACAAGUGGUGCCUGCUGACCAUCAUCCUCCUCAUGAGGGCGCUGGACCCUCUGGGAUACGAGAAGGAGACGCUGGCUCACUUCCAGACUCUGACAGAAGUGGACCUCAUGCGCUCUGCGUACUACAGCGACCUGUGCAGCAAGUUCAUGAUGGAGAACACGGUCCUGAAGAUGGAGUACGCUGAAGUGCGCGUCUUCAGCAUCUCUGACAAGAAGCUCACCACGUUAUGCCACCUGGACCAGCUGUUACUGGUCACCCACAUGAACCUGUCGUCCAAUCAGCUGCAGCGACUGCCCCCCCAGUUCUCCAUGCUGCAGUGCCUGGAGGUCCUGGAGGCUGAGAACAACUUGAUAGAAGAUCUGGAAGGCGUCUUUCACCUUCCCAGACUGGAGGAAGUCCUCUUGAAGAAUAACAAAAUCUCCUCGCUGGCCGCCCUGCGCCCGCUGGCCUCCUGCCCCCAGCUGAGGCGCCUCGAUCUCCGUGGCAACCCCGUCAGCGCGCUGGAGGGGGUGGAGGCGGCGUUGGCGGAGCUGCUGCCCUCGCUGGUCGACCUCCUGCUCUGAAUGGGGGGGGGGGGGGGGG